AUGCAGUGGGGAGACGUACUGCAGCUUGCCCACGUGCAGUUGUCAGCCCUGAUGCAGUGGGGAGACGUACUGCAGCUUGCCCACGUGCAGUUGUCAGCCCUGAUGCAGUGGGGAGACGUACUGCAGCUUGCCCACGUGCAGUUGUCAGCCCUGAUGCAGUGGGGAGACGUACUGCAGCUUGCCCACGUGCAGUUGUCAGCCCUGAUGCAGUGGGGAGACGUACUGCAGCUUGCCCACGUGCAGUUGUCAGCCCUGAUGCAGUGGGGAGACGUACUGCAGCUUGCCCACAUGCAGUUGUCAGCCCUGACGCAGUGGGGAAACGUACUGCAGCUUGCCCACAUUCAGUUGUCAGCCCUGACGCAGUGGGGAGACGUACUGCAGCUUGCCCACAUGCAGUUGUCAGCCCUGACGCAGUGGGGAGACGUACUCGAGCUUGCCCACAUGCAGUUGUCAGCCCUGAUGCAGUGGGGAGACGUACUGCAGCUUGCCCACGUGCAGUUGUCGGCCCUGAUGCAGUGGGGAGAAGUACUGCAGCUUGCCCACGUGCAGUUGUCGGCCCUGAUGCAGUGGGGAGACGUACUGCAGCUUGCCUGCGUGCAGAUGUCAGCCCUGAUGCCGUGGGGAGACGUACUGCAGCUUGCCCACGUGCAGUUGUCAGCCCUGAUGCAGUGGGGAGACGUACUGCAGCUUGCCCACGUGCAGUUGUCAGCCGUGAUGCAGUGGGGAGACGUACUGCAGCUUGCCCACGUUCAGUUGUCAGCCCUGAUGCAGUGGGGAGACGUACUGCAGCUUGCCCACAUGCAGUUGUCAGCCCUGAUGCAGUGGGGAGACGUACUGCAGCUUGCCCUUAUGCAGUUGUCAGCCCGGAUGCAGUGGGGAGACGUACUGCAGCCUGCCCACAUGCAGUUGUCAGCCCUGAUGCAGUGGGGAGACGUACUGCAGCUUGCCCACAUGCAGUUGACCGCCCUGAUGCAGUGGGGAGACGUACUGCAGCCUGCCCACAUGCAGUUGUCAGCCCUGAUGCAGUGGGGAGACGUACUGCAGCUUGCCCACAUUCGGUUGUCAGCCCUGAUGCAGUGGGGAGACGUACUGCAGCUUGCCCACAUGCAGUUGUCAGCCCUGAUGCAGUGGGGAGACGUACUGCAGCUUGCCCACAUGCAGUUGUCAGCCCUGAUGCAGUGGGGAGACGUACUGCAGCUUGCCCACAUGCAGUUGUCAGCGCUGACGCAGUGGGGAGACGUACUGCAGCUUGCCCACAUGCAGUGUCAGCCCUGA